UCCUGGUUCUCCUGCUCCUCCUCUCACAGGUGUUGAGGGUUCCAGGCUAGGAGCAUAGUACAGAAGAGCACGCCCGCUCGAGGUAGUAGCUGUGCGUCUUAAAGUGUUUGCACUGAAAACAAGGACUGUUUCUGUGAAAGUUUGUGUUUCUGGGUCCGUUAGCCUCCAGGUGGAUGCUGUGCACUCUUCCUGAUCAUGUGCAUUCUUGCAGCUCUGGAUUGACAUCUCAGAAGCAGCUUGAAGACCACCUCAUAUCAACGAUAAAAGCAAGUGACGUUCCAGGAUCAUGACUGGUGCACAAUGUGGAUUUCCUCUCACUCUUAUUUCACCCUCGACCACGGAUCAGGAGCUAUGGCCCCACUUGAGUACCACUGUGUCCCUAAAUUGUACGCUGCAAGUACCUGGCUCAUGUAAUGGCAGUGUAACCUGGCUGAAGGAUGGGAAAGCAGCAGAGCACCCGUACACCGCUCAGGACAUUGUGUGGAACGGUCUUAAUAGUUCAGUGAAGUUCCUCUCCAGUGUCUUAGAUGUUAAUCUUGCCACAGAGGAAGACUACGGGAAGUUUACAUGUCAUCUGCAGAACGUCUCUGCCUCAUUUACUCUCCACAAAACAGAUAAAGCCGGACACAUAGCUGCAGUUAUUUUUGCACUAUGUGUGGUUGCAGUUUUGGUAAUCGGAGUGGUUCUUUAUCUCAAGUGCCGUCUAAAUAUCAAUCUUUGGUACAGAGACAAAUAUGGAGAGCCAGAAAUGAACGAUGGCCGUCUCUUUGACGCCUGCGUCUCUUUUUGCCCUUCUAACAUCGACACAAAGUUCACCAACUUCAUCCUGAAACCACAGCUGGAGAACAGGUACGGCUACAAACUGCACCUGGAUGAGCGCAGCCUCCUGGCCAGCACAGAACCUUCCGCUGAACUGCUUAUGAACGUCAGCCGCAGCCGACGCCUGAUAGUGGUUCUUUCAAUGGCGUAUCUAGAGCAGGAAUGGUGCCAAAAUAACUUCAGGGAUGGUUUCUUUCGCCUCCUGGAACUCUCUCAGACACCUAUCUUCAUCCUGUUUGAGAAUCAGUACAAGGACCUCCCUGUAGAAGUGAUCCAACUGCUCAACAGUCAAAAAGGGUCACUGAAAAUGCUGAUGUGGAAGACUGAUUCUGUGUCUCCAGCCUCUGAGUUCUGGAAGGAGCUUCGUCUUGCUCUCCCUCGCAAGAUUUCACUGUCUGCAGGCCAAGGUGAUCCUCAGACACAAAGUCAGGAUGAUAAGGAUCCAAUGCUGACUGUAAACAGCGAAGCAGCAGAUCUUGACCCCGAUGGAGACCUAGGUGUUCGAAGAUCUUUCUAUAAAGCUCCACCACCUCGGAUAGCCCCAGUGGCACGUGUCCCAGACAGAGAACCUGUGGGAGAGGUGGACAUCUCAGAUUUAGGUUCAAGGAACUAUGCAGCCAGGUCAGAUUACUAUUGUCUGGUCACUGAGCCUGAUCUAUAGGAUGGAGAAGGAAAAAAUAAAGGACAUUGGAGGUGACCAAUGAAAGAAGGAAAUCAAUAAGAGAAGAGAAUGGAGGCAGCUAAUAAUCAAUUGAGCUAAAGCUGUGACAAUGGGUGACAAAUGCAAAGUAAAAUAAUCGCCUUAUAUCAGCUUAUUACGCUAUGUUCAUCCUGAUGUCCACAUUAUGUCUAAUUAUCAUGGUAGAUGUGGAAAACUAUAAUUACCAAAAGCAGCUUAUGUCAGUCACUAAGCUAAAAAUAACCGAGAGGUAAAAAAAAACAAAGCUGAGGAAAGUGAUGGGUAAGAGUGAUGAGUCUUAUCUACUCAGAGAAGUUCCCAUCAUUAAGAAAUGGUGUAUUUUGGUUUAUAUUACAUAACUCUAGGCUUCAAGAAAAUUGGAGAGAAGACAAAUUGAAGAAGUUUAUAUAUACUAUGCUUUAAAAUUGUAAGUUUUAGGUUAGGGCUACACGGCAACUGUGGUUGAGCAUCAUCAAGUCACAACACGUGCAACCAAAAAGUGUGUGCAACUUGCUGUUGCACUGGAGUUGCGCAAGUAUUUUGAAGUAGCAGGAAUAUGAAAUAUUUAUGGAAGGCCACUAGCCUGCAUCACCUACUGAAGAAGUCCUACUCAUCUGCUCUCGGCAGCUUUGGUCCUGCAUCCUGGUUCCUAUCCUCCAUCUUCUGGUCCCCAGUAUGUUUAUUUCUGGCAGGGACAGCCAUAGAUAAAGUCAGUCAUCAGACUAACGCUUCAGAAACAUGAAUGAUUUAAAAUCUUCACAAUUCUCCUGUAGUCAAGCAGGGAAUUCUUGAAAUUCUGGAAGGGGUCUUUAACUUGUCAUCUCAGAUGAAUCAAGUCCUUGCAAUAGAUCACUUACUAGUCCACAUUCCACCUGUCUGAGACUAGUAACUAUGGAAGCUUGUGUAUUUCCUAGUGAGUAAUUCAACAUUAAAUGACAGGGUGAAGCCAUAUUCAAUAUUUACACCACAUAGACAGUAAAGAUGAUGACUUCCUUAUCUAUGUGUGUUAUGAAGUUGAAUCUUCUAUGGAGUUAGUAAUGGGCAUUCCAGAAAAAAUACCAGCCCCCUUCCCCCUUGAUCUUUAUCUCUUGUCUGUCCAGUUCUGAGAACAUCCAGAAACAUUUACGUGUUUGUGGAUAAAAGUACUGCUUUUGUUAUUAGCUUCAGAUUUUGUGACCUUUUAGAUGUCCACCACAUGGAUAGACUGCAGUUUAGCCAUGUCAUAGUUGUUUGGCCUCCUGAAUUGGAUCUCAAAAGCAUGUAGUGUUCGGACCAUAUCUGACUAGAUAGAUUUUUUUUUUUCUUCACAUUUUCUACUUCCAUCAGGUUCUAUCAGCAGACAUCUCUACAGGGGUACUCUUCCGUAAAGUUGGUCAUACUCAUUACAUGUGGGUUGGCCACUCCCACCAAUUUUGUCAAGAUUGGCCAAUUAUCUAAUGUGUAUGGAGCAUCACAACUCUUAUGUAACUGCUGAUGUUGGCAUAUCGGAUUUCAGCAUACCUGAGCAGUUUUUUUGGGGGAGUAGAAAAGAUGCCUGUCGUGGAUGCUUGGGACUGGCUUUCUCCACCCUCCAAUUCAGGAUCUGGAGAGGUGUCCUUUAGCCGAAUAAGUAUAUUGUUGUCCAGUGUAUAGGUGUUAAAUACUUUAGGCUAGUAAUACCCUUUAAAGCGGUUGGCAACCCUCCACUUGGCAGGACCUGUAAAGGAAAGAUUACUUACCUGCUUCCCAGUGCUGGCUCCCCGCUCCUUCUCCUCCAGCCCUGCAAUGCUCUGCUGGGCUCCCUCAAGUUCAACAUCUAAUCACUGGCCAAGGAGGAGACCAUUUGUCAUGAUGUAAGUGGAACCGGUCACCACGGCAGUGAUUGGCUGCAGCAAUGUAAAACCGGAUGUUGGCAUUAAGGGAGCCCAGUGGAGCAUCGCAGCCCUGGAUGAGUAGGAGGCCCCCCCCAUUCUUGCAUAAACCCUUUAAACUUCUCGCCGUUCUCAUGUGCUGUUUUAUCCCAAAGCUGUACGCCUGUAAGUGGGAGCAACCUAAUACAUGCUUGUGUAAUACAGAGCUGCAGUCUUUAUCCUGUGACCACUUCAAAAUAUAUAGCUUCAUGUAUAGAAACUGUAGUCACCCAGAAUGAAAGUCAGGUGGUUGCUAGGCAACCUUAACAUCUGCAGUCGACACUAAAGUGAUGCUUGAAAGAUGACAAAUUCUGCAAAGUCACUCAUGAAAUCUAAAAAUCAAUAAAAUUCUGUUAUGCAGUUACUUUAUAGGGAGUUUAAAGGGAUUGUAGGUUUUGGGUGGUAACUGCUGGUGAGCCCUACUCAAGCAAACUGGAAUGAGCGUCAAUACCAGAACCAGCCUAUAGACAAGAGCGGUGCUGUUUCUGAACGAAAGCAGCCAUGUCCUACUAAUAAAACCCUUUAAGCCCUAAACUGAACGAAUGUGAAGAGUAUAAGCUUGAAUACGUUUUAGAGUAAUUCCAUGAACCAUGAUCUCACAUGGGUAUUAGUAUAUCGAAGUGCAAUAUAAAUGUAACGACUCAUAGCUUUAUAUAGAAAAGUCAGCUAUAAAUGUCAUUUCGGUGACAGCCCUUACUCUCGGAGUCAUUAUUGCUUUAGGCACUAGCCUAUUAAAUGCUGAGCAGAAGCUCCUAUAAUGUAGGGAUAAUUGACGCCUAUUUUAAAUUCCAGGAAAUCUUUGGGACCAUAUGGUAUAUAGUCACUAUAACUGGUUAUACACAUUAGAUAUAGUGCAUAUUGACCAAACCUGACGAGUUUGGUAGAACUGUCCGGCCAACUGAUGUGUAUGGGGGAAGGGAGGGGGAUCUUGACCUUCAUCAGCAGAUGGACAGGAGAUAAGGAUCAGGCUGUUGGAUUUCAACAUGCCCAAUCCUUUUGUUCUCGGGCAGAUAAGCAGAUGCCAGAGGUUCAGAACACAUGCACCGAUGUUGUAUGUAUAUUGGAGGUCGGAGAAGAUGGUGUCUGCUUAAAGGGGUUCUCCAGGAAUAAUCAAAAGGGUUAUCCAAUAUCCUAAACAGCCCUUUCCCAUGUGCCGGGCCCCUCAUAGGGAAUACACUUACCCUGCUUCCUGUGCCGCUCCUGGUCCCCGCACCACCGCUGCUGCUUCUCCCCGUGCACGGAUGAAAACAUCCGGUGUCGGCGGAGAGCAGCCAAUGGUAGACGGGGAAGAGCCUCCCUAGAAUCGUGAGUGACGCUAGGGAGGCUCAUCCCCGCCUGCCAUUGGCUGCUCCCCCUGACACCGGAUGUUUUCAUCCAUGCACAGGGAGCAGGGUAAGUAUAUUCCCUGUAAGGGGCCUAGCACAAAGGGGGAGGGGGGGGGGGCAGUUAUUGAUAUUGGAUAACCCCAGCCACCUGUCCCAUAAUGUGAGGAGAACCUGCCUCAAAGCUUAUAGCGCUGCCUAGGAGGGGUGAGGAGGCCUCACUACAGAGCUCUGGUAAUGAUGUGAUGUUGCCUACGAUAUGCCAUCAUGGCUGAGCAGCCUGACAGUAAAACUCACCAAUAUGUAGUAUAUGCAGGUGCCAGAGUGUAGGUAGUGUGUAGUGAGGACAUGCACCUUCAACUCCCAUUCAGCUCUGCAAGUGGAGGCAACCAGUCCUUCUCACCUUCUAUUAUAGGUUGCUUUUGGACCUUUUAAAUCAUUCCUGUAGAACUCUUUUAACAAGCAGGCGGCCCACAGCUGUUGUGUCUCAAGUGUGUGGUCAGCUUCAGGUGCUGAAUAUUCAGAAAAUACUACCAUGUCCAGAGUGUAGAUUUCUUCAAAGACUAUUUAUUGCACUUUUAACACUCCUCAUUGAUGAACUUAUUUCAGUAGAAGAAUAGAAGCCACCUAUAGUAAGUCUUGUAUCUAGUAAAUUCAAUUUAUUGUUAGAGCAGGUAAGUAUAAUCCAUACAAUGGGCCUGACUGCUGCAACAGUUUAGUUAAGGCUCUGAUGGAAAUUUCACCAAGUGCUGUGACAAAAAUACAUCUUUUUGUAUGCCUCCUCCAUGUGACUUGUCCAUGAUCGUCCAUUGUCAGCACCUCUUCAGUAUUUUUUAUGAUUUAGGUCUGUGAUGGGCUAACCUCCAGAA